AUGACUUGAAUUCAAGAAGGAGGUUUCAAGACACUUAUCCUUCAAUUUUUGACUGCUGCUUUGGACCCUUUUAUGGGACUGGCAUCUCAGUGGGUCUUUUUAUUUUUUGGUGGGUGGAGGGGGAGGGUUGUUGCCCUUGGCCAGUGUCCCUCCUACUUGAAAAAAUAAAUAAAUAAAAAUAUCACCACCCAUAUCUUCCCAACACAAAUACUGACAACAGACCCUGUGUCAGGCUGUAUGUACCAGAUGAGGCCGUGUCAAUGCUCACCUUUGAGAACGUCAUAUUUGAGGCGCCUGACGUGAGACAGCAACUCAUAGCCAAGGUUGCUGUCGUCUCCGCUAGCUGGACUGGUGGUGUAUCCCUCACAUCUGGUCAUCAAGGAGUACCCCAUGGUCAAGUCCUUGCACACCGAUCUGUUCUGAUGGAAGCAGUUGGAGGGUGUGGAGGAUGUGUUGGAGGAUGGAGUGCUGAGUAUGUUGCUGCAGUCAGUAGACAUGCUGGCUGCUGGCUGACGGAGUGUACUGUGGCCCCGUUGAUUUCACUCUCAGCAGUGACUCCAAGAAGACCAUAGCAGAGUACCAGGAUGGCCAAGGAAAUCCAUCUCAAAUACCCAGAGAUCCUCCAUGCCGCUCACCCCUUCUUCCUCUCCCUCAAGUUUGUGGGUGCUGGUGGCUCUCUCUUGGAUGGAGCAGUUUUCGUGGAUCUAUUCACCUGAGAACAACUUGUCAACAAUUCCUGUGGAUGUCGUCAUCAGCGAGGUCAGUGUUAGAUACCAACUUGCUGCUCAGGUGUCUGUUGUACCUGCUGGUUGGCAUCUCCACUUUGUCUCUCCUGGCUUGGUGGUGUAUCCUGAAAAUUUGGAGAUCCAGGAGAACUCUGUCACCAAGAACGUGCAAAUGAAUGUCAUUGGGUGGCUGAUGGCAGCUCCUCAAGUGAACCCAGAGAUCACUGGGCUAAAGUACAGCAAGAUGAGUGCCUUGGAGAAGCUGUGCCUUGAGUUGAAGGCUGCAGUCACCAUCAGAAAAAGAGCAAAGCUGCAACAAGUCAUCCAAGUACUUUGUCAAGAAGGUUUAUGUUGAAGGCAACCUCCUGCACUGCUCUCAGGAGAACAGUGGGACUCAUGACCGCCUCCAAGACCCACAGAGGAUUGGAAGGCAUAAAUUCAAUCUUGGAUAACUAUUGACAUUUAAAACUGGUGACUCCACUUGUCAGAUUGUAGGUGGGAAAGUUUUAGGAUUGAUUGAUGGGAACAUUGUUGAUCUAAAUUCUUUUUUGGUAAAGUACUGUAAAUCACUUGCAUGUGAAGUUUCAAAUGGAUGAAAUAGCAUGAAUGGUAUUGUAGUUGAAUUGUUCUUUGCAGCUGGAAAAAAAAAUUAGGGUCGAUUGAUGGGAAAACUAUUGUUCAAAAUCCUUUUAUUGUAAACUAGAUCAUGUACAUAGUUGUGAAAUUUUUUUGGAAAUGAAAUAGCAUGAAUGAUGAUGAUAAUGUUUUUGUUGUACUAUGGGUAAACCAUUGGAAAAAAUGUAGUAGUUAUGAACAAAAUUGGAUUAACUAAACAUCACUGAGGUUGUAGUUGUGAAAUUUUGGUGUAAAUUAAUGUAAACAAUGAAAUACUUAAUCAUUAAAGUUUUAAUCUUAUAUUAGGAGUCAUUGGAAAUUAGCUAAAAUAAACACCCUUAUAUCAUCUUAA